GAGCGAGGGGACGGGUCUGGUUUUGCUCACCUUUACGUUUCUCUUCCGCUUCCUCCUCCUCCUUCUUCGGAUAGGGUGGGGUUUCUUCUACCUGGAAUCAGACAACAAACAGGACAGUGACUUAGGGACACAGUAAUGACAUUAUAGUCGAGUUUUGGAGUGUUUUCAUCGACUUCAUACAGGUAUGAGCCAGCAGCCCCGUUCAAACCGGGGACACCGGGAGAGAAACGGAGACCACCGGGAGAGAAACGGAGAUCACCGGGAGAGAAACGGAGAUCACCGGGAGAGAAACGGAGAUCACCGGGAGCCACACGACGACCGGUCAUCUACGGACAGGACCUCCUCCCGACCUCCUUACUACCCCCGAGAGUCCGACUCCUCACACAGGCAUUCGCGGGACGCCCCCCGGGCCGAGCGCCACGACUCCAAAUGCACCCACAUAUGCUCCAGGAGAGGCAUUGUGCUGAUUUGCGCCGUCCUGACCAACGCCCUGGUCCUGAUCUGCGUGGUCGCAGCUCACAUGGUGACCUCCGGCUUGUCGGCGGCGUCCAUCGGCGGCUUCAACCUCAACUCCAACUUCAACCUGCAGGGCACUGAGCUGCAGGAGGCCCGAGAUCUGGACAUGCAGUACAGCCAGAUGAGGGCGCCGGGCCUCUACGGCGGCGUCCCCUUCAGCCUGACCUUCGGCGUCCUGUCGCUGCUGUUCGUCGUCGCCGGGAACAAACCCGCCCACCACCUGUCGAAGAAGCACCUGUACGGAUCGCUGGUGUUCCAGGCGGUGGGCGCGGUGGGGUACGUGGUGGCCGUCGGCCUCUACCUGCACUUCAUAAUCGGGGUCAACUCCACCGAAGUGUGCUUGAGGCGGGAGAGGCUGUACGCGAGGGCCGGCUACACCUGGAUGAACUGCAACGUGGGCGGAGGCGAUGCGGCCGUGGCUCUGUUCGGACUCAUCACCGCCAUCCUGUACUCCGCCGGCACCGUGCUCACGAUCCAGACCAUCCGAGGAGUGAGGCGCUACGUGCAGUACCUGCAGGAGAAAAAGCGACGAGAGGCGGACAAGCAGCAGGCCCGAGCGAACCCACAGAGGGCCCCUCUGAGGGCCGACAGCGCCGUGUGAACCGGACCGUGUCUGGACCUCGUGGAACUUUUAACACAUCACUUGCACUCCACGACUAACCUACUCCGAAGGAAAGUCAGUUCAGACGAUCAAAUCCCGUUCAUUCCUACUUUAGUCCUGACCUGGACUCGAAAAAACAUGUUUACGGCGGAGACGUUUUUAUCAGUUUUGAUGCUGCAGAGCCUCUGAGAAGCAGCUCCGACCUGCAUGAGCGGGUCCAAAAUGUGCAGCUGAUAUUCAGAUAACCAGACGACUACUGGAGCUGUGAGUACAGCCAGGGAUUCGACUUUGUUUUCAAGAGUUUUAUAAUUCGUCCAGAGAUUGGUUAACGCAUAACAUAUCCACACGUACUAUUCCAUAAUACCAGAGCAUAAAUAAUUCUGUGUCUUAAUAAGUCAAAGAAACUAUUUUGCACAAUGUGUCAGGACUGUGAUGAAGUCAGGACUCGUAACAUAAACGUAAACAUAAAUAUAGCUGCCUAAUGUUUAAGUAUCACUCAGAAUGUCAUGUAGCUGUGAAUAGUGAAGCUUUUACACUCAGUGAGAUGAAACGUGGACAUAACAAGUAGCAGGACAUUUUUAAUAUCCAGUUUUUAAGUCAUUUUUUUUACCACAUGCCAUAUUAAACAUGCUGAUAAAAAGCUCUGGUUAUCCAAGAUCAUCUGUUUGUAUAUUUGGUGACAUGUGUAUGUUUUUUAAUGUGCGUAAAGGUCUAAUAGAUGUGUUUUAUGUCGAGAUUUGUCUUAAUGAUGCAACACUUUUUUCUCAAAUUAAACCCAGUUAUGUGAUUCCA